CCCAAAUUUGUCAAACCUCUGUGAUUCUACCACUUCUAUCAUUGUCCAUAACAAUCAUAACAUGUUUCUCUUUGCACAUCAUUAACAUUUUAUUGUUAUAUAUCAUCCCUCACAUUGAAAUUGAAAAUUUUGUAAUGAAGGUUGCUUGUUGAUAGAGGAAUCAAUUUGAAGAUGAGUCCUUCAAAGAAAGAAGAAGAAAGAGUUGAAAGAAUAAUUAGAGGUCUCUUAAAACUUCCUGAAAAUAGAAGAUGCAUCAAUUGCAAUGCCUUGGGACCACAAUAUGCAUGUACAACAUUCUCAACAUUUGUAUGCACAAAUUGCAGUGGACUACAUCGAGAGUUCACGCAUCGAGUAAAAUCGGUAUCGAUGGCAAAAUUCACUCCCGAUGAAGUCACUGCUCUUCAAGCCGGUGGCAAUGAGAGAGCGAAGCAGAUUUAUUUCAAAGGAUGGGAUCCUAUGCGACAUUCGUAUCCCGAUUCCAAUAAUAUGCACAGACUUCGAGAUUUUAUCAAGCAUGUCUAUGUGGACCGAAAAUAUACCGGUGAAAUAAGUCAAGAAACUCUUCCCAGGAUUAAAAUGAAUGACAAGGAGGAGUCCUAUGUGAGUAAGAAAAAUAGUUCGUUUCGUUUAGAGUUGGUAAGUCCUAGGUCAAGUCCCGGAGCAAGAAACAGUCCAAGUGAAAGAAACGAGGGCGCGAAUUUAAGAUAUGUAUACGAUGAAAGCAGAAGUCCUAAAUACGUACGAAAGUAUUCAAGAUAUGGAGGAUUAAGCAAAAGUCCUAUGAAAUUUGAGGUAGUUGAUGAUAGGUUUCGGGACGAAGAUUAUAGAACCCACAGGCAAUCAAAUCUAGAAUCAAAGAUAGGACAACUUUCAUUUGAUGGUCGUAAGAAUGUGGACAGAUCCCAAGCACCAGUACCAAGAUCUUCGGGUGAAAUCACAACGAAGAAUGAUUCAUCUUUACAAGCAACAACUUCUGGCGGAGAAGGUUCUAUUGAGAAAAAACCGUCGGAGCAAAUAAGUAAUAAACCAAGAAGCUUCAAUGAUUUGAGUAUGAAGUCUCUAGCUUCUGAAACUGCUAUUGUCGCUGUACAAGAAACACCGAGUAUGACACAGUCUCAAGCUUCUGAAACUGCUAUUGUCGCUGUACAAGAAACACCGAGUAUGACCCAGGAAAGUGAAAGUAAUUGGGCCUCAUUCGAAACAUCUACUGAGGAAAAUGUUCCUAAAACUCCAAACACAAACACCGUUACAUCUCGCACAACAGAACCAACACCUAAAGCGGAACCAACACCUAAAGCAAACACUUCAAGUCCUUUAGACCUUUUACUUUUCGAAUUAUCAGGUCCUUUUGUUGCAACCACUAGUGACAAUGUUCCAACAACUUCGACAGUAGAAAACGCCUCUACAUUGGAUUUUCCAUCUACUUCAACAUGUUCUGAGAUGGCACAACCUUGUAACGAAGCUCCUCCACCGCAACCCGAGCUAGAUGAAACAGAAAACCCCGUUGAAGUUUCACAUGGAGAUAAACCACAGAUAGAAGAUCCCAUUGAAGUUUCACAUGCACAUGAACCCCCAAGCAUGCAUGAUUAUCCUUCUGUUUCUGUUGGUUGGAGUUCAGCAACACAACCUAUAAAAUCGCCAAACAGUGUAGUUUCAAAUAACGAGCCAUCAUUUUCUCCUAAUACGCAUGAUUCAUCACGCGCAUUUGAUGAACUAUCUUCUCGUACCACCUCAAAUCCUACUCAAAACACCAAUCCUGAUGUCCCCUCCCAGUCCGGUAUAGUAAAAACCAAGUCUAGUGGAAGAAUGGAACUUCCAGAGGACCUUUUUACAGCAAGCUUUUUAUCUGGUCCCGCACCACAAGCAGGUUGGAAGAAUGUUCAACAUCAUGUCAUGGGAUAUGGAAAUAAUAUGCAGUAUCAUCCUAAUGCAGUGCCUCCCUCAGGACUUCCCGUUGCACCAAAAUACAUGAACCCUUUUGAAGCAACCGAAGGGAGAAGUAAACUGCAAGGAUCAUCGUCUGCUACUCAAGCAUCAAUGCAUGGUGUGCUACCAGAUGUAUCACAUAGAACAGGACUAAUGCAUGCUACAAGUCUCGGUUCUUUAGACACAAUGAUGCCUUAUUCUGCAAGUUAUGCAUCACCGGUUACCGGUGUGUGCUUUGAUCAAGUUAACAAUGAAGAGCAACUUAUUAGAUCACAAGGAUUCGAUACCUUCAAUGGCGGCAUAACUCGUUAUGCAUCUCUAGAUAGCAUUCAACAAUCGUAUGGAGGAUAUGGAACGCAUGGAACUCCGAAUUCUUUUUCCAAUACAGGAGGAAAUCCAUUUGGAUAGCUUAAACAAUCGGCGGUUUCUCAAUCCACCCCUCUUAAACACAGGAGGUUUACCAAAAACACGUUUCAGAUAAUGUAUUUUGACAGAUUUAAACAUACGGAUUGAGGAAGUGUCUAAACAAUUCAGCAUACAACUAUAACCUUCUUUGAUAAUCAAUAUGAUCCAUCGAAGAUCAAGUUGAGUUAGCUCGCUUUCUCA